AUGGGAGCUAGCCAUACAACAUUAGCCUCCUCCAAUAAGGGAUUCGAUGAAGGACCCCCAGAACUGGAUGGUGAAGUCUUGGGUGCAUAUGCAGUCGAAAAACCCUUGUUUCCUGCCUCAGGUCGAAUGAUGAGAACUUUUCAACUCCGUCACAAGCAGAACCUUUCCACGAUAGUCCUGAAAACAAUGGUUGUAACCUCGGAUGUUGAAAAGACAGUCACAAAACAGCAAGAGGAGUUGAAACGAAUUCGGGCAGCAUUGAAAGGUCAGCAUCAUGUGGCACCCUUUCUGUUUUGGAGUACUGGCAAUUACAAACCAAAACCUGGAUCUUCGACCAUGGUUCGUCAAAUCCACUUGCUACGACCGCAUACGUACACCACACUGUCAGACCGAUUAGCGUCUCGGCCAUUCUUGACGCAUGUGGAAAAACUAUGGAUAUCCUUUCAAAUAUUGGAAGCAUUAGAAGCAAUGCAUUCUGCUAAUGUGGUCCAUGGUUUCUUGACAACAGAAAACAUUGGGUUAUCGAGUUGGAACUGGGUGGUACUAGUCGAUUUCGCGAGUUACAAGGCCCGUACUGCCUUACCAGACGAUGAUCCAUCAGAUUAUUUGUACUAUUUUCAAGAGCUGUAUAAGAAUGGAAGCGACACGACACCUCGAGACAAACGAUGUUACCUGGCGCCUGAAAGAUUCUUUACGCCCAAGAGCGGCGAGCAACAACAAGACCACCCUCAGCCACCAUUGACACCGGCUAUGGAUAUUUUCUCUGCAGGGUGUGUCAUAUUAGAAACCUUUUUGAACGGUGAACGGGCUUUGGACUUGGGAGAUUUAAUGGAAUAUAGAAAAGACAAAUCGUCUCAGACCUUGCAGCAAGGCUUGAACAAGAUUGAAUUUUCGGCAUUGAGGGCAGCCUGCCGACAUAUGCUGCACUUGGACCCUACUGAACGUCUCAGCGCCGGGGCCUACUUGGAGCGACUCCAUGCCUCGUCAGUGCUUCCAGCGUCAUUCCGAGAUGGCUUGUCACCGCUGAUGGAGAAGAUUACACACAGUCCGCCAGAUGCUAGGUUAGCGAUUGCCGCGGCGCAUUACUAUUCAAUAGUUUGGGCAACUGCAGGUUUACGCGACGAGGAAGGCAAACGGUACUUUGAAAAAGCGCUCGGGUAUACGAUGACAAAACUUGAAGGAACUGAUCAACCCGAAAGUGGCGAGAGCAAGCAAGACGAGGCACCAGACCAAAGAGUGGAAGAGGAAAAGAAGGAAGAAAUCACGGAUUUUCUAGCGGAGACGGAGGCACUUCUUAGGAAACUAGAUUCCUUGAAUUUCGAAGAUGAAAUAUUAUCCCUGCCUUGCCCACCAAUGGAUUCCGUUGCUUCGUUAACGGCUGAAGUGCAAGCCAGGGAAGACCGAUCCGAGAUCUCACAGAGUUCAUUACUGAUAUAUUUGCAGUCAAUCUUAUCAACUGUGCGCUAUGUCCAACGACCGGCGAGUAAGAUUGUUGCACUACAAUUGAUGAUUCGAGUCGCCAAAUAUGUUUCAGAUGAAGCAAGAUUGCAACGGAUUGUACCCGUAACAAUUACUUUGCUAAAUGAUCAAGAUCCCCUGGUGCGAGCAUCUGCGAUUGAGGUGCUCUCGGCAACUCUUUCCAUUGUGGAUUCAUUCCCACCAUCUGAUUCUAAAAUAUUCCCACAGUACAUCUUCAAGCGUGUGACUCAUUUGAUGACUGAUCCGUCGCUGGUAGUUCGGCUCGUUUUCGCCAGAAAUCUAGCUUCUCUGGCCGAGACAUCCCACCGCUUCUUGGAUAUAUCGCACGCGGUUCAGCUUUACGAAGCCGUCGGAGGUGGAGGGUCUCGAUCUCCCGCUACUGGGGAAAGUGCAAAGGAAGAAUCGUUGAUGGCAAAUGAUGUAUUCGCUGAUGAUAUUACAAAACUUCUCGAUAAUACAACCGGUUCUGGCUCUGCUUCGAAAAGCCGUUCCAAGCAAGAUUCGGAUGCUGAAGCGAGUACACAAAGAGUCGCUGGUGCUGGGAAAACUUUGAUAAGCAGCAAUUACAAAUCAGAGAUCAUGGCACUGCAUGAGACAAUUUCUCGGUGUGUUGUCCACAUUACAACGGAUCAAUCGGAGCACUCGUCGCCUGUCAAACGUGCCUUGUUGAGUGAUAUGGCACGCCUCUGUAACUUUUUUGGGCUUGAUGGAGUAAUGGCUUUCAUUUUGCCCCAACUUCUAACGUUUUUAAACGACAGAAGGGACUGGCAACUUCGCGCAGCUCUUUUUGAGCACCUACCUUCAGUUUGUCACAUUAUUGGCAGGGCAGCUACAGAACAUUUUGUGAUACCGUGUCUCGAAACAGGGUUGGUGGAUGGCGAAGAGGCGGUCGUCACUCGAGCUCUCCAGAGCCUUGCACAAUUGUCGAAGUUUGGACUUCUCAGUCGAUCCAUACUACUAGGAACGUCAGUAUCGGCGAGAAGUGGAUCUGAGACACCAGGGCUCCUCAAGAAAUACGCCCCGCUUCUGGUCCACCCCUCUGUUGAUGUUCGAUUCUUUGCUAUCAAGACAUUCAACGCCGUUUGUCAGACUCUUGAUAGUCCUGACUCGGAAGUUUUCAUCGUUCCAAUCAUUGAACCGUUUCUCCGUUAUCAGCCUUCGCCAAGGCACCUUGUAACUCCAGAUGGUCUAGAGUCUUGCUUGCAUCCGGCUUGGACUCGUGACCGCUUCAAUGAAGAGCUUUCAAAGUACAUCCCUUCAAGUGGCAACGCAAUUUCACCUUCGAUUGGAUGGACGUCGAUAUCUCUUCAAACUGGGAAUUGCAAUGAGAAUCGAACGAAGUCAGGUGGACUUCAGAAGCCAGAAAAGACAGGGAAAGCCGAUACUCAAAUCGCGACUCAUGACAACGUUGAUGUUCAGACAGAGCAGGUGACCUCAUAUCUAAAAAUGUUGGCAAGAAGCAGAACAUAUACUGCGCAAUAUGAAUUGGGAGCUGGUGACGCCAAAGCCCAGCUUGUGCAUGCUAUCGAAGGUCCUUUGAAGCUUGCUCAACAGAUCAAGUUCCCGAGUCAAGACAAUCCUAGUUCGAGAGAAGUAACCAUACCAGCAUGGUACAAUACGUUGCGAGAAACAUAUGAAAGGCAAGACAACUUGGCAUCUGAAACCUCGGCAAUUCGCUCUGUAUCAGCUCUAGGGCAAGUGUAUGGGCUUUCUAUCAUGGAUCAAAGUGCAACUGGUGCGUCUGCAUCUAGUGAUAUGAGUUCUGAUAGAGCUGUCGAUAUUCUUCGAUCGAAUGAGUCUCGAAUGAUUCAGGCUGCAUGUUCUGGCGAAUGGGGAGCCGAGACUAACCUUGAUCCUGCGCUAUCUGACACUACGUUACUGGUAACGAAGUUGAAUGCAUUAAAGGUGCCUCCACUUCCUCCCAAGCUUUCGGAAAACAAAUUAUGUGGGAACAAGGUGACUGUUUCGCCACAGAAUGCAUCCAAUACCUCGAACGAUAACUCCGGAUCGUUCAAGCGGCGAAUCGACACAGUGGUGGCUACAUCACGUACGGCCUCGAAGUUUGGCCACACUGGUCCAGUUGUUCGUCUUGUCGUUGCCAACGAUCAAAGAUUCUUUUCAACAGGAAGUCAUGACGGAACUUGUAGAAUCUGGGAGUUGGAAAAAGCUGAGAAAUGCAACGGUGUUUUGGAAAGUAGCGUCACGUACUCAGGGCAUCUUACAGGGAAUAAUUCGCCAAACGUUCGGAUCAACGAUCUGGUUGUCUUGGAAGGUUCUCAUUCUGUUUGUUCUGCAGCGAGCGAUGGUUCUAUACAUACUUGGAGGGUUGAGAUGGUUUCAUCAUCCAAACAAUCAGCGCCUGCAAACGAUGCACGGUCAUCAUCAAGAGCAGUUGGCUCUACAAUAAUUCGACAAAUGAAUCCUGACGAAGGCGAGGUUCUUGCGUUGAACCACUUCAACACAUCAUCAGCAUCGCUGCUGACUUAUGCUACUCAGAAGGGAUACGUCCAUUCGUGGGAUCUUCGAUCUGCUUCAGAGCCAUUUCUUUUGCAGAUUCCAAAUGAUACGGGCUACAUCACCAGUUGCACUGUCGGCAGUGACAGGAACUGGGUUGUUACAGGAACGAGCCGAGGAUAUUUGGCCCUAUGGGACUUGCGCUUCCAGCAAAUCUUGAAACUUUGGCACCACAGCCGGUCGACUGCAAUUCAUCGCCUUGGAACAUCGAUCGUCCCAGCUCCUCAAUCAUGGACAGGUAAAUCUAGGAGUGAGAUGCGCCCCUUUUUGUUCGCAGCCGCUGGUCCGAACGAGUGCGCAAUGUUUGACAUUACAAAUGGUGCUUGCCGGGAGUGCUUCCGAACAGUUGAUUACAGCGGUCGCUAUCUGAGUCCUCGAGUGGACGAAAUCCCUCGUUUGGACGAAAUUUCAGUGUCACCAGCUGCACGUCGUAGAGAAAUCGCAUCGCGUUCCGGCGGAGCAUUCCUUGCACCAACGUCUUCUGUGCUGUCUCCUUCUAUUAAUGCAAUGGUUGGUAGCAUUGGGGCUAGCAGCCACAGUUUCCUCCUGACUGGUGGUAGUGACGGAAGGCUGCGGUUCUGGGAUUUUGCUGUUCCCUCAAAAUGCUAUGCGAGCUCUGGAUUGGACGGGUCACAGCCCCGGCCAAGUUUUGAACGAAUUGAUUAUCCGCAAUCCUGUCGCCUUAUGCUCUGUCGUCAACCUCCGAAACAACAUCUCUGUGAAGUGGAGAGCUCACGGGUUCCAAAGGCUUUGUUCCAAGGCUUGAAGAAACCUGAGAAUUAUCACCGGGACUCGAUUCAAGAUUUGAAAGUUGUCAGAAGUGGUUUGCUGAGCUGCUCAAGAGACUGCACGGUGAAGCUAUGGCGUUGA